GUUACUCGCGUCUGGGACCGUGGCAACAAGACGGGCGAGGUAUGGAAACCAGUGAUGCCGACGCUGCGUGAAAUCGUUAUUCUUUCUGACUGCCCGCAGAGCACCGAACUCGCAAAGCACGCUCUUUUCCUACCGCUGUACAGGGAGAUGCGGUGGAAAAACCGACAGAAGCUUCACCAUGUGAUGCAGAAAACAUUUCCCGCAUCACUGUUUUGUAGCCCCAGUGCGCACUUCCAACAGCAUGUGAUGAACACACCCUCCCAACACGCCUACCACUCGACGGAGGUAGAGGCACUACUGCGGUCAUGGAGGCAAUCUUGUAAAGACGUGAACGCCUUUUUUGCAAAUCCGCAGCCCCUUCUUCUUUGGGCGCUUGUGGGGCCUGUUCCUGGCUACUUGCUCUCAAAGCUCUGA